AUGAGUGGUCAAAAUGAAAGAUUAGAGAAGCUUAAGAAGCUGAGGGCUGCUCGUAAUGGUAUCCAGCUGCCCAAUGAUGAGGAAGAUGACAGGUUGUAUGACGAGAUUGAUGAACACGAAUACAGAAGUAGGAAACGUCAGGAACUUCUUCGCGAUGAUUUUGUUGUUGAUGAUGAUGGCUUGGGCUAUGUGGAUCGUGGUGUGGAAGAGGAUCAGGAAGAUUAUAGUGAAGAGGAGCUGGACGAGCAAGGUGAAGAAAGUGCCAUUGAGAAGAAAAAGUCAACCAAAAAGCAGAAGGAUAAGAACUCCAUUGGUAAUUUACUUCGUGUACAGCAAAACAAGGAGAUUCUAUCUGGCAGAGCUGCUCAGUUGAAGACCAAGAAUGUAGCCAUUGAUGAAUUCGAUGAUAUUCUAGGUGAGUUUGAUAACGAUGUCGUUGUCAAAGUCAAGCCAAACUUGAGGAUGAAAUUGCCCUCUUCCCCAACAAGGCCGUCAAAUAAACCGAACCCCUCAUCUAGAAUCGGUCAUAGCGCCAGUAAAAGACGGAUUGAUAAUGAUUCUAGCUAUAACAAUGAUAUCCAGUUGGAUUCUUCGCCCCUCAAGUCACGUAAAGUGGAUGACCAAGAUUAUAUGAACGAGCUCAUGAAAAAUUUGGAAAAUUCUCCAAUGAGCAAGAGGUCCGUGUCCUCAUUGAGAGUAACGCAAGCAGAAAAGAUAGUCGAGGAUGAUGAUAGUGACGAUGAAAUCAUUUUUGGUAGGAGAACUUUGAGAAGUGUCGCUGCCACGCGGCAGAUUAAUAUCAACUCCAGCUCAAAUGCCCCUAGUUCACCAUUUGUCACGGCACCCAGUACACCAGCGAUUAGUCGAAAAGCCGACUUAAGAAAAGGUCUCAACUCUUCGCCAGAGCCAUUGACGAUUGGAAGGGCUAGAUAUGAAAAAGACCAAGUGGUGGACCCAAGCAGCGGAAAUUUCAAAAUGUUCUGGCUUGAUUAUUGCGAAGUUGACAAUUCAUUAGUGCUCUUCGGUAAGAUUAAGACAAAUGAUAAUAAACUGGUUUCUGGGAUGGUCCAGAUUAAAGGACUAUGCAGGGAACUGUACUUUCUCCCCCGUGAAGGUAAGACCCCGCAGGAUGUGCACGAGGAAAUUAUCCCGCUACUAUUGGGAAAAUACGGUAUAGAUACUCUUCGUUCCAAGCCCGAAAGGAUGAAAUACUGCUUUGAACUUCCAGAGGUUCCACGCGAAUCUGAUUACCUCAAGGUGCUUUUGCCAUUCGAUACUCCAAAGAGCAAAUAUGACACGAUACCUUCUGAUUUAUCUAGUGACACUUUUCAUCAUGUUUUUGGAGGCAAUGCUAAUAUAUUCGAGACUUUCGCAAUUCAAAAGAAGAUAAUGGGGCCAUGCUGGUUGGAGUUCAAAAACGGAGACUUUAACGCCCUGCAAAAUGCUUCAAACUGCGCACUGGAAGUAGUGGUGAAUAAUCCACAAGACAUACUGCCAUUGGACAUCAAGAACGUACCGGGCUUAGAUGCUAUAUCACUGGCAGUGCAGACUGUAAUGAAUCAGAAGGACAACAAGCAAGAAAUCGUCUCAAUGACAAUUUGCACUUACAAAGAUAUCUCCUUAGACUCUCCCAUACCUGAAAACCUCAAGCCUGACAGCAUUGUAACACUCGUUAGGCCACCAAGAGGCUCCAGUUUCCCGGUGGGUUUUGCAAAACUGGCGAGGGAAAAGCUUAAAGGUCAGGUCCGUUGUUUUAACAAUGAAAAGCUCUUACUUUCUUGCUUUUGUGCCAUGCUUAAACUUUCCGAUCCCGAUGUUAUCAUAGGCCACCGUUUAGGAAGUGUUUACUUGGAUGUCCUAGCUCACAGACUGCAUGACCUUAACAUUCCAACUUUUAAUGCGCUAGGUCGGCGUGCCAGGAAGCAAUGGCCAGAUCGAUUUGGAAAGAAUAAUUCUAACAUGAACCAUUUUUACGUACAAGAAUUGAUGUGCGGAAGACUUGUAUGUGACAUUGCCAACGAAAUGGGUCAAUCAUUAACUCCCAAAUGUCAAAGUUGGGAUCUUGCUGAAAUGUAUCAAAUCACUUGUGGAGUCGAUCACAAACCGGUUGACAUUAAUUAUCAAAGUGCAGAAUAUCAGGAAGAUGGCAACUGUUUAGCUAUGGCACUAGGUGAGAACAUUGAAAACUCCAUCAUCACAGCUGAAGUCUCAUUUAGAAUUCAGUUGUUGUCCCUAACCAAACAGCUGACAAAUUUGGCUGGUAAUGCCUGGUCGCAGACUUUGGGUGGUACCAGGGCUGGUAGAAAUGAGUACAUUCUUUUGCAUGAGUUUUCAAGGAAUGGCUACAUCGUUCCAGAUAAAGAGACAAAUAAAACAAGAGCACAAAGGGCAAGGAAACAGGAAGAAGCUUUGGUUGAUGGUGAACCGCCGGAUGCUAUUCCCAGCUCAAAAAAGGCGAAGUAUCAAGGUGGUCUAGUUUUUGAACCUGAGAAGGGCCUGCACAAGAAUUAUGUGCUAGUUAUGGACUUCAAUUCCUUGUAUCCAUCUAUCAUUCAAGAAUUCAAUAUUUGCUUUACAACGGUGGAUAGGAAUCUUGAAGAUGCCGAUGAGCUACCUAACGCGCCCGUUGAUAAGAAAGAGCAAGGUGUUUUACCUCGUUUGCUGGCCAACUUGGUCCAGCGUCGUCGAGAAGUCAAGAAGAUUAUGGCUAGUGAAUCUGACCCACACAAGCGUGUUCAGUGUGAUAUAAGGCAACAGGCUCUGAAACUAACAGCUAACUCCAUGUAUGGUUGUUUGGGUUAUGUGAACAGUAGAUUUUAUGCCAAGCCUCUCGCCAUGCUUGUCACUAACAAAGGUAGAGAGAUUUUAAUGAAUACUAGACAGCUCGCCGAGAGCAUGAGCCUCCUAGUUGUCUACGGUGAUACCGAUUCCGUUAUGAUUGACAGUGGUUGCGACAGUUACACAGGCGCCUUGGAGAUUGGUAAUAAUUUCAAGAAACUGGUCAAUGAAAGGUACAGAUUGUUAGAGAUUGACAUCGAUAACGUUUUUAAGAAGCUAUUACUUCAUGCCAAAAAGAAGUAUGCGGCACUUAAUGCCUCCCUCGACAAAAAUGGUAAAGAACAUACCGUUUUAGAAGUCAAAGGUCUCGAUAUGAAGCGUCGUGAAUAUUGUCCGCUAUCUAAAGAUGUUUCUGUUCAUGUGCUGAACACAAUUUUAUCCGAUCAGGAUCCUGAAACGGCUCUCCAACGGACGUAUGAGUAUUUGGAAGGAAUCAGAAACCAAGUGGAACAGAACGAGAUAAGGAUGGAUCGCUAUAAGAUUAACACGAAACUAUCAAAGGACCCCGGAGCAUAUCCCGGUGGUAAGAACAUGCCAGCAGUUCAAGUGGCCCUUAGAAUGAGAAAGAAUGGUCGUGUGGUUAAAGCAGGAACUGUCAUUACGUUUGUGAUAACGAAGCAAGAGGAGAAAGAGACGGGACAGAAAGAAGCCAUGCUUCCAAUAGCUGAAAGAGCACGCGCCUUAAAUGAGGUCAUGGUCAAAGGAAACGGUUUGAAACCUGAUCCGGAAUAUUACCUUGAGAAACAGAUAUUCGGUCCUGUGGAAAGAUUGCUGGAAAGAAUCGAAAGUUUCGACAUUGUCCGUUUGAGUGAAGCUCUCGGUCUAGACAGCAGGAGGUAUAUGAACAGGGGCGGUAGUAAUGAGACAAACGGAAGCGGAAUCAAUGGUCUGCAACCUUUAGAAAGUACCAUCCCGGAUACUGAAAGAUUCAAAGACGCGGCAAACUUAAAAUUGAACUGUCCCAAUUGUAGCGCCACCUUUGACUUUGGUGGAAUAGUUGCCUCUAACUACUACUCGAUGUCCUACAAUGGAUUGCAAUGCAAGAAGUGUGAGCACCUUUUCGCUCCUCUGCAGAUCAACAGUCAAUUGGAAAGAAGUAUCAGAUCACAUAUCUCACUUUAUUAUGCAGGAUGGCUGCAAUGCGAUGACCCUACGUGUGGCAACGUGACAAGGCAGAUAUCUGUCUUUGGCAAGCGGUGUCUCAACGACGGCUGUACUGGUGUCAUGAGAUACAGAUACUCUGACAAGAAACUUUAUAAUCAGCUGCUUUACUUCGAUUCAUUAUUCAACUGCGAGAAAAACAAGAACUGCGAGCUGAAACCACUAUACCACACCGGUGACAGGGACUUUCCACAAGAGAAGCUCAACGAAUCCUCGAUCAAGGCCCUCACAGAACAGAACAGAAAUCUGUUCGAAAGUAACCGCUCCGUGGUCCAAAAAUACCUGAGCGACUGCGCCAGACGAUACGUCGACAUGGGCAGCAUAUUCGACUUCAUGCAACAGCGAUAG